AUGGACUCGCCUGCAGUGGGCCAGGCCUGUAACACUUUGAGGAAAAACGUGCAACGUGGAGCUUGUGACACGACACCGCCGUCCCCUCCUGUGGGGAGACCGCGAAAUCGGGAGACCGCGACCUCGCGGGCGGCGCCGCUCCCCGCCCCGGGCCGGCCCCCGUCGGACAACGCCCCCGGCCCUCGGGCCGCCGCCCGCGGCAUUUCCUCUGAGCUCAGCCGGCGGCUGACGCGGGGCCGCGUCCCUCGGAAGAGGAAGCCGGCAGCGGAGCGGAGCGGCGGCCGGGGCAGCCCCCGCCGCGCCCUGCCCGUGCCUCCCCUCCGCGUGCGGGGCUUCUGGCCGCUGCUGACCGCGCUCUGCACCGCGCUCCUCUGCCUCUUCCAGGCGCUGCGCGGCAGCGCGGCCGGCGAGGGCGCGGGGGGCCCGGAGGACGCGGCGGCGGAGGCGGCGGGGUCCGGGGUGCCGCUGCUGAAGGGCUCGGCGCUGCUGCUGCUCGGCUGCCUGCUCGCCCGCUGCUACGGCUUGGCGGGCGGCGGCCCCCGGCGCGGCGGGGCGCGGUGCACGGCGGGGGCGCGGCGCGGAGCCCUGGAGCGGUUCCACGCGCGGCAGCUGCGGGUGUCGCCGCACGUGCUGGGGCACAGCAAGGCGCACGUGGGGCGGGUGGUGGCCGAGCUGGUGCGCGCCGCCAAGGCGCAGGGGCUGCAGCCUGGCCCGCUGGCUCUCAGCCUGCGCGGGGACUUCGUGCGCAUCGGCAGCGCCUACGAGCAGCACAAGGUGCGCAGCCCCGACUGCUUCGACAUCCUGGUGCCCCUGCGGCUGCCGCCGCACCUGGAGCCCCAGCCGCGCUGUGCUGACGGCCUGGGGCCAUGCGGCGCCUUCGUCUGCGGCCUGCGGGCGAGGGACGGCUGGACACGACGCUGCCGUCCCUUUGCCGAGGGGUUCUGCGUGGAGCUGCAGGGCCGCAGCCACCUCUCCUCGGGGCUGGUGCUGCGCUGGUUCCAGGGCCAUCUGCAGCGGUGCCUGGGAGCCGUGCGCUAUCGGCUGCAGGAGCGGUGCCGCGUCAGCCUCUCGGCGUGCCCCGGGCAGCCGCCCACGCUGCACAUCCUGCCCUGCUCCGACUAUGUCUGCUGCCACAUCUCCAUGGCCGUGCGCCUCAUCCCGGCCAUCCCUCUCGGCGACGCGCUCUACCUCACAGCCCUGCCGCCCGAGGGCCCCCACGGCUCCCUGGCCCCCGAGGCGCUCUGGGGCCUCAACGCCUCGCGGCAGGAGCAGCGGCUGCUGGGCUGGCUGAAGGAGCAGGCCCCGGCCGCCUCCUGCCACCUCAAGUGCCUGCAGAUCCUCAAGGGCCUGCGGGACCUGCGCCGGCACGGCCUGGAGGAGCCCUUCUGCUCGCAGUGGGGCCGAGUGCUCUCGUCCUACGUGCUGAAGACGGCCCUCUUCUCCCUGCUGCUGCGGGGGCCCUUGGACGCCUGGGAUGAGCAGUUCCUGGUGGAGCGGCUGGAGGACCUGGUGCUGUACCUCAGGGACUGCCUGCGCAAGCAGGUGCUGAUGGAUUUCUUCCUGGGCAACACCAGCAUCCCCGAGGCCGUGGCGCUGCCCCGGUUCCUCAAGGAAGCGGCCCCUGUGAACUUGCUGUCUGCCUUCGACGGGCCCACGCUGGACCUCGUAGCCUUCCAGCUGAUCAGCACGUGGAUCCAGGCCCCGCACAUCAUCAGGAUGUACAGCAGCCCGCGGUACUGGCGCCCGGUGCCCGCCCCGUGCCGCCACAUCGCUGAGGCCAAGCGGGAGCCGCCGGCGGGAGAGUGAGCUGGUGGCGGGAGAGCCGCUGGCACCGGGGCUCUGCCGGGGCUGCAGCAGCCCUCUGCCUGAGGGAGCUGGGACUGAGGAAAUGUGCUUCUGUGGUUCUGUUCCUCGCCUGAGAAGAGCAGGCCAAGACUUAGCGAAAUUGUGAUUCUCAUUCUCAUGGGUUGUACGUGGGAAAAUUUUGACUUUUCUGGGGAAACGCCUUAGUCCUCAAGUGUUGCCUUUGGUCGACAGUUUGCAAACUAAAAGGCUCAAACUGACAUUUUUAGAAAUCCUUGUUAGCUUCUUGUCUUAGUGGCAAAAUAAGAGUUUUUUCUGAGAUUUUCUUUUUAUGAUGUAAAAUCCAUGUGGGAUUUAAAAAUCUUCCAAGUGCAAACAGCACCUCCCCCAUCCAUCAACGUACCAAGAUGUUCCUAAAAUGUGAUAAGCACUAGAGCAUGGGUGUGGAUCACAGUUUGAAAUGCUCAAUGCCAUGCUUUAAAUUUUCUGGGUAAUCUAGCACAUUGUGCUAAAUAGAAGUGUAACACAUGUUAAUGUAAACUUGAGGGAAGAAGUGAAAAUGCUCUGAUAACAGGAUGAAAAUCCAAUUUCAUAUUUGUGUUCAAGUGAAGGUUAUACUGAAGGAUUGAAAUGCAGAUAGAAGGAAACAGAUAGCACUUUAUUUUCACAAAGGCCUUAUUUUUAGGAUAAUUGGCUGCACUAAAUAUUGCUAUUGGGGAGGCAUUAGUGUUUUGUUAAAGAAUUGAAUUAUCCCAAGGAAAACCUCUUAAAGAAAUACUCUGAAGUCCAUUUGUUUGUGGGUUCGAGUUUUAUUAUUUGUUUCUGUAUUCAAGUAUUAUUUCCUUAGAAUAUGCUUUACCUCAAGGACCAACAAGAAAGUAAGAAAUUCUCUAUUAUAUUUUGGAACAAACCUUAAACCAGUCCAAAUCUCAGUGCCAUAAGUUGACUGUGGCACCCUACUGCUCCCUGGUAGGAGUUUGGUGGGAUUUUGGAUAACUGCCUAACCAGUUGUGUUGAUCGUGUCAGUGUUUCAACCAAAUAAUAUUGAUGGGAUUUUCUAGUCUAUACUAUAGCAAAUUGUUAUUUUGUUAUGGGGAGAAGAAAGUAAAAUAUUUCAGGGUACUUCAGAAUUAUUUAGCACUGAUUUGUGGUACAGUAGCUGUCUUGGGCUACAGAUUCUGGUGCCCUCUGAGUAUAAAUAUCAGGCAAGUAAUUGCCAUUUUUUGUCUGGUUAUGUCCCAGUUGCUGGAAUAACCUGGUGAGUUGUGAUGCAGCCAGGUUUGCAGGUGUCCUUAGCUACUACUGCAGGUGUGCCAAGGUGUCAGAAAAUUCAGAAAUUCAAAUCGUUGGGUUUUUUUGGUCACGUGUUCAAGUAUUUGAUGUAUUUAGUCCCAAAAUGUGUUGCUAAAUUGCUGGUGCUCAGGAAGCUAAGCAUGUGCCUUACUAUCUGCAGUGCUGUGUCCUGAGAGAGCACUCCCAAAUUGUGAAGGACCAAGUGUAACUUCUGGGAAGCUUUAGGAUAGCCUGAAGUAAUUAACCUGCUCUUCCUCUCCCUGGUGUAUUGGUGUGCCUUACUCACAGUUCUGUGCAUCAGAACAUGAAACAAACAUUGUCAAAAUCUCUGAAGCUUUAUACAAAUCUAUUUUUCUAAACAGAAACACUCCCUAGGCAGAUGUUUGCCUACUUCUAUAACUGCUCUUGCAGUCAUAUUUUCAGGUAAUUAUGGCAUAGGUCACACCCACAAGCUGGGUUAUUUUUGUAUUCGAAGCCCUGUGCUUCUUUCUGCAAAUACAAAUAGUGUAUUUAUAGGUAGUAUUGAUCAAAUGUUCUUUGCACAUGGUAUUUAAGUCAGCUACAUUGGUGUUUCUGGGUUGUUGUUUUUUUUUUCUUGUAGCAGACCAUGAUAAGUACUA